GCCGUCGGGAAGGGUAUAAAAACCAGGAUUUUCCUCCAGGUUUUCCAGCAUCUUCUCCUCAGUCCUGUUCUCCCUGCGAGCCCAGUUGCUGUCCGUCCCAAAAAUGUCUUCAGGAGAGAUGGUGAGCAGCGGCUGCUCGUCCCCGUGCGAGGUGUCCUGUCCCCAGCCCUACGCGGACGCCUGGAGCCAGCCCUGCGUCACCUCCUGCGGGGACUCGCGGGCCGUGGUCUACCCUCCGCCUGUGGUCAUCACCUUCCCGGGGCCCAUCCUCAGCUCCUGCCCCCAGGAGAGCAUCGUGGGCACCUCCUUCCCGUUGGGGGCCAUGGGAUCUUCUGGAUCCGGGGGCGCCAUUGGGGGAUCCUAUGGAGGCGGCGGCUCCAUGGGGGGAUCAGGGGGUUCCUAUGGUGGCGGCAGCAGCUCCAUAGGGGGAAUUGGGGGUUCCUAUGGAGGCAGCAGCUCCUUUGGGGGUGGGUCCUAUGGAGGGGGCAGAUCCUUUGGCUCUGGAGGCUCCUAUGGUGGGGGCAGAUCCUUUGGGAGCAGAAGAUCCUUCGGCUCCUCCAGCGGCGGCUUUGGGGGCUCCUCUGGUGGGGGCUUUGGGGGCUCCUGUGGCGGGGGCAGCUCUUUUGGGGGGGGCUCCUUUGGAGGGGGUUCCUAUGGAGGGGGCAGCUCCAGCUCCGGGAGGUUUGGAGGAGGAAACUGCGGCUUCUUUUAUUUCUGAGGUGGCCCCAGCUGCCCCAGCAGCAGCCCCGGGCUAGUCUCAGCUCCUGGGGAAGCUGCAAGCCAGGGGCAUCCAAGGAAUCGCCUUUUCCGGCCUUUGUGGAUCUGCAUCGCUUCCCGAAGUCCUGGGAAUUGUCCUUUGUGCUCCCUCCGUGGGACUCUGCCCCAAACACUUCCCUGCCAUUAAAGUUCUGUUGCAUUCAAAUUCCCAUUGUUGGUUUUGUUUUCCUUGUGACUCCUUUUUCCAACUCAUCUUUUUGCCUAAUGUGGGAAUUUGGGAGGAUGGGAGGCUCCUGGAUGAGAACCAGACCCCUUUAUCACACUCAGCACUGGGUUUGAGUGGGGGGACAACAAAUUUUCCACCACAUCCUUCAAUAUUUCCCAUUAAAGCUCUUUUAUAUCCCUA